AUGGCAGAAGAAACACCAAAGCCUCUAAGGUCUCUACCGUUUCCACCAGUAACGGCAUCUCACAUCCUGAACUGCUCAUUCCAUUCAUGGCAUCCCCGGUUCCGAACACUCACCCCCAAAGCCAGACUCAUUCAACUUUCAGACCCGUUUCUGGACUACUUACGUUCUGACGGCAUCAUCUUACCUCCAGAGAAUGCUCCUAACGACCAGGACAGCGGCUUCCAAGAUGAGGAAGAAGAAGCAGACCCUUCUGGACUAUGGGCUGAUGUCCAUGACCGUGUCCGAUCCACCAUUGCGGAACUAGGUGGCAAGGUAGUACCAAAACUCAACUGGUCGGCUCCAAAAGACGCAACCUGGAUGGCCACGACUAAUGACAUGGAAUGUCGAACACCCAACGAUAUCUACCUCCUACUAAAAUCCAGCGACUUCAUCACACACGAUCUUGAGCAAGCAUUCGAUGGCUGUGUUGACCGCGCUGAAGUGCCUUAUCAUCUUGUCCUACGGAAGUCAUUCAACCUCAAUCCCUCGUUAGAGUUUCGAUGUUUCGUCCGAAACAAAAAACUCAUCGCCAUCAGCCAGCGAGAGAUGAAUUACUUCGACUUUCUUUUCGACUUGAGACAAUUAUUCAAAGCCAAAGUCCAGGAUUUCCUGGAGCUCCUGUCUGACUUCCCAGACGACAACUUCGUGUUUGACGUGUACAUUCCUCCUCCGCACAAGCGUGUCUGGCUAAUCGACAUAAACCCCUGGGCUCCAAGGACGGACCCACUGCUCUUCUCCUGGCUCGAGCUGUUGUCCAUACCGGAAAUAGUUGAGGAUACCAUUUAUGAUCCCGAGUUUCGGCUUAUCCACAGAGACGAUCCAGAAGCAUACCAAUUUGCGGCGACAAAGUACAGCGCACAUAAGAUGCCAAAAGAUGUUGUCGACGCCAGUAUGACCCCUGGAGACAUGAAAAAUAUGAUGGAGGAAUGGAAGAAAGUGAUGGAUAAGCAAUUGGAAGACGAGUCUGAUGAUGAAGAGGGCUGA